GGGGUUUGUUUCAAUUCAAUGUUGGGCCUUUUUAAAACAGGAACGCCGUCGGAUCAUCAAAUCGGGGUUCCGUUGCCAGACAAAAAGACAUUGGAGUUAAUUCUCGACAAGCUUCAAAAGAAAGACACGUAUGGGGUGUAUGCAGAGCCUGUUGAUCCUGAGGAGCUUCCAGACUAUCAUGAUGUAAUUGAGCAUCCAAUGGACUUUGCCACAUUGAGGAAGAAGCUGGGAAAUGGGUCCUAUUCUACCUUGGAACAAUUUGAGAGUGACAUCUUCCUAAUAUGCUCAAAUGCAAUGCAAUACAAUGCACCUGAUACCAUAUAUCAUAAACAGGCACGUGCAAUCCAAGAGUUGGCAACAAAAAAAUUUCAAAAGUUAAGGAUUAAUGUAGAACGCUCUGAGAAAGACAGCAAGUCAGAACAAAAAACAAAAGCAAGUUUCUCAUCAAAGAAGCAAAUGAAGAAGCCUUUUGGCCGAACCACACAGGAACCUGUUGCUUCUGAUUUCUCUUCAGGAGUCACUCUUGCUACUGCUGGAGAUAUGCAGAACGCUUCCAUUACCAUUCAACCUAAUGGUUGUGACAAGCCUAGCAAUACAGAUAUUUUUGUAGAGGGACACUCUUCCCUGCUUGAUAAUAAUCUAGAGAAGGCAGAAGAACUAUCUUCAGGGAAGGGUCUUUUACCUAAAUUUGGGAGGAAGUCUGUUGUUCUUGAUGAGAACCGUCGAGCAACAUACAACAUGUCCAAUCAACCUGUAGUCAGAUCGGACUCAAUAUUUACAACUUUUGAGGGUGAAAUCAAGCAGCUGAUUCCCGUUGGGCUUCAAACAGAAUAUUCUUAUGCUAGGAGUCUGGCUCGCUUUGCUGCAACUCUUGGCCCUGUUGCAUGGAAAGUUGCCUCCAGGAGGAUUGAGCAAGCAGUGCCUGCAGGCUGUAAGUUUGGUCGUGGAUGGGUUGGAGAGUAUGAGCCACUGCCCACACCAGUAUUAAUGCUUGAGAAUUGUCCACACAAAGAAUAUUCAAUGUUUACAAGGUCACAGCAUUCAGCUGAUCUGCAGAAGGAAAAUUUAACUCAUAAGAGACCUGUUCCAGCUAAAGAGAAUCCUGUUAAGGAGCCUGUUUCUGUAAGCAACUCAUCUUCAUUUCGUGUGUCGAGUGGGUCAUCUAGUGAAGGAAAAUCGUCUAUAUUUGCUUCUGGUGUAUCAAAGCCUGGUAACCCUGUUAAUGCUAUUUAUCAGCAGAAAAAGUCGUCUCCCAGGAUAUAUGGUAAGCCUGAGAAUAAGGUUUCAAAGCAAGUGGAGUUGAAUUUGCCACCCCCAGCCAAUCAAACUAAUGCUAAUGUUAUUGCUAAGAAGCAGAGUUCAAAUAAACCAGAAAUUGCUUGUUCAAGAGAGACAGUAAUGAGGAAUAUGGGUCCUGGCCAAUCUAUACCUUCAAAGCCAGUGGAAAAUAAAGGAGUUGGUAAUGACAAUUUGCCUAAUGGAAAAACUCCCAAUCAAGUUGUUAGAGCAGCAAACUACUUUCCCCAUGGACAGGAGCAGGGUCUUAGUGAUCCCAUUCAAGUGAUGAGGAUGUUAACUGAAAGGGCUCAAAAACAGCAGAAUUCAUCAAAUCAACCCACAGCUGACACUCCACCUGCUAUGCCAUCAGUUCCAUUUACAAAAAGAGAUGACUCAAGCAGUGCUGCAGCAGCUGCUCAUGGAUGGAUGUCCAUAGGUGCGGGAGGAUUUAAGCAAGUAACCGAAAGUUCCAGCACUCCCAAGGGCCAGAUAUCUGCAGAUUCUUUGUAUAAUCCAGCUAGAGAUCACCCCCAAAUUCAGCUAGUUCGAGGGGAGUUUCCUAUAUCUAUGGGGAUGCAAUUUCAAUCCCAGUCUCAGUCUCCAAAUAAUAGUUUUCCCCUUCAGGCUUUUGCACCACAACCCCUUCGUCUUGUAGAAGCUCAGUUGCAAAACCGACCAAUGGUUUUCCCACAAAUAGUAGCAACUGACUUGUCUAGAUUCCAGGUCCAGUCCCCAUGGCGAGGUUUUAGCCCACAGACACAGCCAAGGCAGAAGCAGGAAUCUCUUCCUCCUGACUUGAAUAUUGGUUUCCAAUCUCCAGGGUCUCCUGCGAAACAGUCUUCAGGUGUUCACGUGGACUCCCAGCAGCCUGAUCUGGCUCUGCAGCUGUGAGUAUGAAUUGGACUUCAAACAAAGUGCACAAACUGCAAACGUCUCCGAGGUAAACUCCAGUUCACAUCUCAGGGAAACGAAAAUUUUGGUUGCCUAUACUCUGGAAUGCUGAAUGGCAAUGAUGCCAUUUCAUUCCACGCUACAGUUGCUGGUAUGUUGAUCCAACUCAAUGUAGCAGUUUAUUCCCCAGGUUGGAUUACUUAAAAGGGACUGGAUUCAGUCUUUGACUCUGGUUUUACCAUAGUACAAGGAUAUUUUGCAGUCACAUGAGAAGGGUUGUGCUCCAGGGGACCUGGGGGAGGAAGAUAAUUUUGAGUAGAGCUACUUAUUUUCUGUCUCCAUUCCUAACAAGGAUUGCUGACUCAGCAUGGCACGCAUAUGUAGAGCAAAGCUAAAAUCUUUGAAAAGAGUUGAGCAGAUCAAUUGAUUUUACAAUUGUUGUCGAUUUACUAGGUCCUUUGUUAGAUAAUAACAUGUAUGGUGCCGUGUACAUCAGAUACAGGUGGAUGAGAAAUUAGUUGCUUAGAUUUCAGAUGACUUUACGUCUCGACUGUUAUUCUAUUGUUACUUUCCCCCUUUCAUUCAAUACGUAGUAAGUAGUACUUUUGUGUA